AGCGCCCGCACUUCCGUUGACUACGACACAACGAGGAAGAAAACUGCGCCGGUUUUGAAAGUUGAAGAAGAACGUUAAACUUUGUCAGACAGGUGUGGCUCUGCUUUUACUGUCCAUGCUGUGAAAGAAAACGCCGAAUAAACUCAGCGGCAACACCACGACGCUUUCAACAUAUGUGAACUGGGUUUCACGGAAGUAUAUCGCGCAGCAGGACACCAUGGAGUCUCCGGUGGUGAACCUGUACAACCAGUUCCAGAGUCUCAGAGCUCAGGUCGACUGUCUGAAUGAAGGCAUUGAACCACAGUUCCUUCAAAUGACUAUGAAUUUUGAAGAGUGCCGGAAGAAGUGGCUACGGGCCACAGAGGAGCUGGUUAGUUGUAAAGAAAUGUUGACCAAAGCAGAGACAGAGAAAGGGUCACUGGAUGUAAAACUGAAGCACGCUCGCAACCAAGUGGACGUGGAGAUUCAGAGGCGGCAGAAGGCCGAGAUGGUUUACGAGAAGCUGGAACGUCAAGUACAGCUGAUUCGCGAGCUGCUGAUUUCAGAAAACAACAGUGUUCACCUCAGUGAAGAGCAGCGAUCUGCACUGGCCUUUCUCAGUGCUCACUCCCAAGCAGUGCAGGCUGCUAAAGGCAACCUCAACUCCAGCCAAAGAUUAACAACAAUCAACGAAUCAGCAUCCAUGCUCUCUGACAUUAGUUUCGACCAAACAGAUGACUCUCUGGAUUGGGAUUCCUCCGUGAUGAAGAAUGUAAGGCUACGGAAACGUCAGAAACGGCGGUCAUCCAGAAAACUCCUUGAUGUUCCCCCACAAGCUGUGAAGAAAUCCCGCUCCACCGGUCGCAAAUCUGACAGGAUGAAUGAGUCGAUUGUGACCAAAACUACAAUCACUGUACCUGUGAACGGUGUCGCCGUGGCGGCUGUGUCCACCAUUGAAACUGUGCCGUACUGGACACGCAGCAGAAAGAGAAGUGUUGCUCCAGGUUGGGCGGAUACGACUACUACUGACCAUUCAGAGACUGCUAGUGAGGCUCCAAGUUCAUCAGACUUCCCUCCCCAGUUCAAAACUCCAAAGGCUAAAGAAGGAAAAAAGCACCACUUCAUCCCUAAAACAGUGAUCCGUUCUGAGUUCUGUGUACCUUGUGGGAGAAGAACCAAGUUUGGCAAGGUUUAUCUUCGCUGCCAGGACUGUCGGCUGGUGACUCAUCCAGAAUGUCGUGAGCGAAGCCCGAUGCCGUGCAAUCCCACAGCAAUCAGCACUCCCAUCAAUAACGCAGAGGCCACCCUCGCUGACUUCGCUCCAGUCACCUCUCCAAAGAUCCCAGCGUUGGUAAUCUACUGCAUUAAGGAGAUUGAGCGACGAGGAUUACAUGAGGUCGGCCUCUACAGAGUGUCUGGCCAGGAGCGUAUGGUCAAAGAUCUGAAGGAGAAGCUGAUCAGAGGAAAGACUCUACCUCAGCUCAGCAAAAUAGAAGACAUCAAUGUGAUUGCGGGCGUCCUCAAAGACUUCCUGAGAAACCUCCCAGAGCCUCUGCUCACCUUCCAGCUCAACAAAGCCUUCAUGGAAUCAGCUGAAAUCCAGGAUGAUGGCAACAGUCUGGCCAUGUUGUACCAGACCAUUAGUGAGCUGCCUGAACCCAACAGAGACACGUUGGCCUGUGUGAUGAUCCACUUGCAGAAGGUGUCACAGUGCAUAGAUACCAAAAUGGAUGUGCAUAACCUGGCUAAGGUCUUUGGACCAACUCUCGUGGGUCAUGCCGUUCCUGACCCAGACCCAAUGACCAUUCUACACGACACCAACAGACAACCCAGGGUGAUAGAGCGUCUGCUGAGUAUAUCAUCAAACUACUGGAGCCAGUUUGCCUCUCCAGAUAUAACUGCCAUGGACAACGGUCACCAGUUUGAUACUCCGGAAGGGAGAGUGAGCAUCCUGGGGCCAGUAACCACUCCAGAGCAUCAGAUGAUGAACAAGACACCUUCCUCCAGCUCACUGUCACAGAGAAUGAUGCAGACCUUAUCCAGCACAAGCAUAUUUGGGAGCAAAAGCAAAGCAACAUCUGCCUCAAACCGUCAGGGGAACUUCUUCACUUCUCCAAAGCUGGUUUAACGAAGGAUUAAAAAAAAAAAGGGGGGAAAAAAAGGAAACACUUAUUGUUAUUUUGAUAUAACUCACUGCAAACAUAAUCAUAUGGGGAAAACAAUGUGCAAUUUUUUUAAGUAUACAACACUUUAAUUACCAAAAAAAAAAAUCUAAUCAGUGUUCUAACCUGGGCUUAUACAGCCGAAUAGUUUUUAUUGAACUUUUUUUUACUGAUUGUUUUUAUCUAUCCUGUGAAUAAUAAUGAUUGUGUAUUGACCAGAACAGGUCACAUCUGUGAUUGUGAAAGGGUUAACUCUUAACUGAGUUUAACCAACCAUUAUAAACCAAUUCAAUAAUCAUGACUUUCUAUCGCCACUUGGGAUUGAUUUUUCCCUAAGCUGUGUGGUCAUUAGUGUUUACCUGUUUCUGAUCCUGUGGUUGUAACUGCAGCAGCGAACGUGAACACAGUGACUCACAGUGAAACGUUUGAAGAGAAGAUUUAUUUUACUCAACACUGACUUUUUCUUUCUUUCUACUUUUUUAACACUUGUGUUUUUUGUGUGUGUGUGUUCGAUGAAUCCAUGUUAUUGCCUAACAAUGAUGUCUUGUGUAUUUUAACAAUGCUGCAAAGUCUACACUGUCUAUUGAUUCACGUUGCUUUUUGCACUGUCCGAACUGUUUGUUAAUCUCAGUGUUACGACCUGGGAGUACUGGCCACUAGGGGCUGCCAUUGCACCACCUAUUCUAUGCAAACCUCGACCAAUAAAAACGACCUACUGUACAUGGUCUACAUAAUAUUUUUACUGUAGGAAACACUACAGUUCACAACCACAGUCAAUGACAAAAAAGGGAAAUGUAAUUCUAUAUAACGAAAUGCCUGAGUUUUGUAGACAUUUUAUAACAGUAGCUUUAACUAAUGGUCUUGUGCCAAAAAUUCAAAUAUUCACAUGAUGUCAAGAUUCUGUGCACCAAAUAAUAACACUACGAUUGCCUUCUGAAGAGGCUCCUUUAUCAACUUGAUCAGAAUGUGCGUUUUGGGUUUUUGUUGUCAUCUGUACUGAAAUGCAAUUUGCUGCUGCCUCGUUGAUGUUAUAGUUUGAACAUUUUGUUUAAAAAAUGCUAUGUUUGCAUCCAUCACACAAAAUCAAAGGUGUUUUUCAGUGAGCUCAAUGUUCCUUGUGUCAGGCUCCUAUCCCUUUGUUUUCAUCUUCAUUUCCACAAAGUUGUAGGAUUUACUCCUCUGACAUGUAGUGGGGAACUUAUACUUCCAAAAUAAAGCUAUGUUAAAUUCUGGA